AUGGCUCGAUUGUCUUUCAUUCUCCUCGCUCUUGCUAGGCUUUUUGGCCAGUCAAAGGCACAAUGUCCGAAUCUUGUCGCUCAGUUUAACCCCAACGCCCGGACGAUGUCGUCGAACAAUACUUGGUUCAUUCUUCCUGUGCCCAAGACAGCUGUACAAAAGGCAAUCGACGAAGCUUACCUAGGCAACGCCAUCACCAAGCAACUCAAGCUGCUUGAUCCACCAGACGAACUCGUCCUCGGCGACGGAACGCACCCAGUAAUCGUUGCAGCUGGUUACAGCUCCGAUAUUCGGCAAUCCAUCCUCCAAAUCGACGGAACCCUAAACAUGCUCGGUGCCCAAAUCAUAGUCCCCUUUGUCGGAAAAGACGUCAGCAAGACGCCACUCAACGCUCCUCUAGUAAUCUACCUCGGCGUCACAGAUGCAGCCCUCUUCCGAAGACUCGCAGCCAUCAUCCCCGCUGCAGUAUCUACACUAGUAGGCGGCCUCGCCGUCCGACUAGGUAACUCGCUGCCUAGUAACGCAGCAUACCAAUCUGACAACGACGGUCUGUUCAGUUCGAACACGAAAUGGCAGAUCGUGGGUAAUCCCUUCAGUGGACUAGGUGUCAUUAUCGAAGCCCUCGAUUUACACUUUACUACUAACCCCACUCCGCCUGCAGCCCCCUCGUUCAAAACAUUGAAGAGUGUAAUCAAUCAGCCGUACCUACUCAAGGGACCUACUGGCAGCGCGACAGGCAAGUGUCAGCGCAAUACGUACUUUUUCAAUAACGCUACUGCGCAAGUUGUCUUUCGUUCUGGAAGGGUGAUAUUAGGGCCUGCGGCGAGCGGGGAUGGGAUCACGUCGGGUGUUGUGUCGGGUACUUUGCAGCAGGCUAGUAAGGACAAAGCGGGCACGUAUGAUGCUUUUAAAAUAAUAAAAUAA